CCGUCCCCCUCCGCCGGAACCGGAAGUGUAGCGCAGCGGGACGGAGCGGCGGCCGCCCAUGGCGGCCCCCGCGGACCCGUCGCUGCUCUCGGCCGAGUUGGAGGCGGAGGAAGGGGAUGAUGAGGCGCUGCGGCGGCUCCUGCUGCAGGCGACCCAGGACGAUGAGGAGCACCCCCCCGCCGCCCCCUCCCGCGCUGUCACCCCGCAGCCAGGGCUGUGUGUGAAGACCCGGGCGGGGGGGGCCAAGGUCUUUGUCAACAUCUGUCACUCGCGGGAGGUGCCCCCGCCCCCACCGUUGUCCCCCCCUGGGCUGCAGCGCCUCCUCCACGCCCCCCCCACUGCUGCAGGGGCCUUCCGCAUCCCUAUGAGCCUGGGGGAGCCCCAUGCCGAGCUAGACCGCGGCGGCCAGGGCUGUACCGCCUACGACGUGGUGGUGAACUCGGGGUUCUUCCGCACACUCCAGGCUGACCCCCUGUACCUGGAGUUCUUCUUGACGGUGGCCAUGGAGGGGCUGUCGGAGAAGUACGGGGUGGAGCUGGAGCUGACUGGCUGGCGGGUGCUGAAGAACCGCAAGUUCAUGGGCUCCGUCUCAGCCCAGAACAUCCGGGCGCGGCCCCGGCCCCGCAUCCAGGAGCUCGAGGGCCCCCUACAGGAGCCACCGCCACCUCCCAGACCCCCAGGACCCCCCCAGUUCGUGGUGGUGGCUGAGCCCUCAUCUGAGCACCCGCAGGUGCUGCAGGCACGCAUCCUCCUGCCCCAUGCUGCAGGGGCGGGGUCUCUGUGGCUGGGGCUGAGUGAGGAGCGGUUGGUGCUGAGGGGAGCAGAGGGGGCUCCCCACCUCCUGGAGCUGGGGCUGCCCCUCCCCGCCGACCCCACCCGCUGCCACGCCCGCUUCCACCGAGGCACCAAGGUCCUCACUGUGACGAUGCCGCUGCAGGUGUGAGGGGGCGGGUCCCCCCUCCCCCUGCAUGCCUGGGUCCCCCCGGGUCCCCCCUUGUUCCCUGAUCCCAUUUUUUUGUACAAAAAACUUGGAAUAAAGCGUGACCCGGA